AUGUCUCCCUUCCAGGUGCUCAUGGGUUACCAACCUCAGCAUAAUAUUCUCACUGUGAGAACAGCUGAUGCUCUGGACAUUGCUUCUAGGCUGAUCCAGCUAGCACAUCUUUGCAUGGAGAUCCAAUCCAGUAUUCGACUAGCAGAAGAAACAGUCAAAAAACAGAAUAAGGACAAGUUUGUCAAAUAUACACCUGGACAAAAAGUAUGGCUGGAAGCCACUAACCUCAAAGGCCUUCAUCCAAAAGCAAAACUUGGCCUGAAACAAUAUGGACCCUUCACCAUUGAUCAGAAGCUGUCAUCAGUUGUCUACUGCUUGAAACUACCACCCAAAUGGAAGAUUCACCCUGUGUUCCAUGCAGGGUUACUCUAUCCUUAUUUGGAAACAACAAUGCAUGAGAAGAACUACCUCCGACCUCCACUGGAACUAAUCAAGAACCAGGAGGAGUUUGAAAUUGAACGUAUCAUUGAUUCAAAGACUGCCGGCAAGCAAACACUGUACUGGGUACGAUGGAAAGGAUACCUGACUUUGGAUGACUCCUGGCUGCCAAAAACUGAGCUAUCACAUGCAAAAGAUGCUUUGGCAGACUUCCUGCAGCCAAACAAAGAGUGA